UUUGCACUUUGCGAUUUGUUUUUAUUGUUUGGAAUUUGGAAAUAAUUUUUUGGUGUAAAAAUGUUGGAUAAUGUUAAAUGCGUUAUAAUCGUUCUUUCCGGUAAAGGUGGUGUCGGCAAAUCUACAGUUAGUACUCAAUUGGCAUUAACACUGAAGGAGAAAAACUUUAAGGUCGGUCUCCUUGACAUUGACCUAUGCGGGCCUAGUGUUCCAUAUCUGUUGAAUUUAGAAAACCAAAAUGUUCACCAAGGACCUGAUGGAUGGGUCCCAGUUUACAUGGACAAAGAGCAGAGAUUGGGCGUGAUGUCGAUAGGAUUCCUACUAGACUCACGUAACGAUGCUGUAGUGUGGCGAGGACCUAAAAAGACUUCGAUGAUAAAACAAUUUCUAGAAGAUGUGUCUUGGCAGGACUUAGAUUUUCUUGUUAUAGAUACACCACCUGGUACAUCAGAUGAGCACAUAACUGUGAUGGAGAACCUCCGUGGAGUCCCCCAGUGCUCUGCCAUCCUGGUGACAACUCCGCAGGAAGUGGCUAUAGAGGAUGUGAGAAAGGAAAUAACAUUCUGCAGAAAAACUGGCAUACCAAUCAUGGGCAUUAUAGAAAAUAUGAGCGGAUAUGAAUGUCCUAACUGCAGUGAGUGCACAAAUAUAUUCUCAAGUGGUGGCGGCAAAGCAUUAGCAGAGUUGUCCAAGCUUCCAUAUCUUGGCAGUAUACCAAUUGAUCCAAGGGUGGGGAAAUUGGCUGGGCACGGCCUGGCUGCGGUGACAGAACUACCAGACUCAACUACAAGUAAAAUGUUCAAUCAACUUGUAGAUCUUUUGCAAUCACAGAAUGGUUCUUGAGAUAACAAAUUUUGUAUAUAUUUUGUAAAAUUUGGCUAUGUAUAUAAAAAUCUAUAUUUAGAAGUAAGAUUUUUUGUAAAAAAAGUUCCUUUUGUAUAUUAACCCAAC